AUCGAGAGUUAUCCAUAGAGAAAAGUAUUUCUGUUGAUUAUUAUUUGUCCAUUAAGAUAAAUUUAGGAAUACAAUUGCCUUUCAGUAUUUGAAAUUUGAAAAAGAAAUAAUUAUAUUAUUUCAACUGCAAUGGAUUUAAAAGGAGAAAAGUGUGGAAGCCACAGUGGAUACAGUCCAGUCCAGAUGCAGCCAGACUACUUGGAUGGUCAAGGUCAAGACAACUCAAGGUCAAUGCCUCAUUCACAACAUCAAGGACCAGACAUGGACAACUGUGAUUGGCCAAUCCAUGAAUCAGAUCAACAUCAAGACACCAUUGAAGAUAAGUAUCAUAUCCAACUCAAUGUGGAUAAUCAAAGUGUAUACUUGGACCAAAAUUACUCCAAACAUCCCAUUGAAAUAAUUCGGAUCAAACCAGAGGAACUAAUUGAAGAAAAAGAAGAAGAACUUGCAGUUGAAGUGAGAAGUGGAGAAAUAAAGCAAGAGAGUGACACCUGUCUGCAGAUUGAAAGGAUCUAUUCUCUCUGCUCAGAUAGACUGAAUUCUGACCCCUCUGCUAUUGAACAUAUAAAAGUUGAAACUGAAGAAGUUAAGGAGGAACACAUAUCUUUCAAAACAGACCAUUCAGAUACAUUGAUGCAGAUUGAAAAUAUUUCUUCUGAUGUAGUAUCUGAGAAUUAUGAAAGUGGAAGUGUAUCAACUGGACUGUGUAUACCAUACUUUGAGGAACGAGAAGGUUCAAGCUCCCAUGUGUCUGUUGACACAAUUCCUGGAAACACUAUGAUAAAAGAUUCUGAAAAAAUUGGCAAUCAGGUGGACUUACUAAUCGAAAAUGCAAGGAAGAAUGUGAUUGAUAGUGAAUUAACAAAGUGUCAGUUGUGUGAUGAAGCAUUCAGCAGCACUAGAGAAUUGAAUCUUCAUUGUAGAAUACACACAGCUGGAAAACAUGCUUGCGAAUUCUGUAACUACAAAACAAAAAGGAAAUCACAACUCAUCACUCAUCUAAGGACACACACAGGAGAAAGACCCUUCAGCUGUGAUUUGUGUUACUAUAAAGCAAUACAGAAAACACAUCUUAUCAGACAUUUAAAGUCACACAAAGGUGAAAGACCCUUCAGCUGCAAUUUGUGUGACUACAAAGCAAUACAGAAAACACAUCUUAUUGAACAUUUAAAGUCACACACAGGAGAAAGACACUUUGACUGUGAUUUGUGUGACUACAAAGCAACACAGAUAUCAGAUCUCAUUACUCAUCUAAGGACUCACACAGGAGAAAGACCCUUCAGCUGUGAUUUUUGUGACUACAAAGCAACACGGAAAUCAAGUCUCAUCACUCAUCUAAGGACACACACAGGAGAAAGACCCUUCAGCUGUAAUUUGUGUGACUACAAAACAACACGUAAAGCAACUCUUAUCAGACAUUUAAUGUCACACACAGGAGAAAGACCCUUCAGCUGUGAUUUUUGUGAAUACAAAGCAAUACGGAAAUCAAGUCUCAUCACUCAUCUAAUGACACACACAGGAGAAAGACCCUCCUGCUGUAAUUUGUGUGACUACAAAACAACACGUAAAUCAGAUCUCAUCAGACAUAUGAAGUCACACACAGGAGAAAGACCCUUCAGCUGUGAUUUUUGUGACUACACAGCAAUACAAAAAUCAGAACUCGUCACUCAUCUAAGGACACACACAGGAGAAAGACCCUUCUGCUGUAAUUUGUGUGACUACAAAACAACACGUAAAUCAACUCUUAUCAGACAUUUAAAUUCUCACAAAGGAGAAAGACCCUUCAGCUGUGAUUUUUGUGACUACAAAGCAACACGGAAAUCAAGUCUCAUCACUCAUCUAAGGACACACACACAGGAGAAAGACCCUUCAGCUGUAAUUUGUGUGACUACAAAACAACAUGGAAAUCAAGUCUCAUCACUCAUCUAAGAACACACAAAGGAGAAAGACCCUUCAGCUGUGAUUUUUGUGACUACAAAGCAACACGGAAAUCAAGUCUCAUCACUCAUCUAAGGACACACACACAGGAGAAAGACCCUUCAGCUGUGAUUUUUGUGACUACAAAACAACAUGGAAAUCAAGUCUCAUCAAACAUCUAAGGACACACACAGGAGAAAGACCCUUCAACUGUGAUUUCUGUGACUACAAAACAACACGGAAAUCAAGUCUCAUCACUCAUCUAAGGACACACACAGGAGAAAGACCCUUCAGCUGUAAUUUGUGUGACUACAAAGCUACAUAGAAAUCUAUCUCAUCAAACAUUUAAAGUCACGCACAUAAGAAAAAUGCCUUCUGCUGUAAUUUCUGUGAACACAAAUCAAUAUGCCUGAUAUUUUUGUUCCAAAAUUAUUCUUCAAAAAUUAUGUCAGACAUCUUGUGAAAAUUAUAAGUAAUUUGAAAUUCUAAUGGGUAUUCAAAUCGAUUUUGAACAAUUAAAUUGAUGAAGAGGGUAGGGCCACUACCUCGGCAAUCAAAGCCAUAGUGCAUUCAUGUGACAUCAGCACAGGUAGGGUUCCUACACCAAUAAAAACUCAUUGAUUUCAGCUGAUCUACAUCUGCUAGUGUUUUAUUGGUGUAGGAGCCCUACCUGUGCUGACGUCACAUGAAUGCACUAUUGCUUUGUUUAUGGAGGUAGUGGUAGGGCCAGGGAAUCAUCAAUGAUACUUGAUAGCCGUCUGUAUUAAAUCUAUAUAUAACUCUGUUGUAGUUCAGACACUGUGUUACAUGUAAGUAUUUGAAAAAACACUUACUUUUCUUGGAGUAUUGAGGAAUGCAUCUCACUCCUGAAGAGGAGCUUCAUCAGCCUCUGAUUUUUCAAAUAUUUAUAAGUAACACAGUGUCAGAACUACAAUAGAGAGUUAUUAUAUAGUGUUUCUUCAUGGAAAGAAACAUCAAUAAAUCUAUAUGUUUUGAUAUUUGAGUUUGUAGAAAAUAUCUACUGACACCAUUCCCUACAAACUUACACAUAUUCUUCUUUGAAAUCAAUAUUGCCAAUUUUUAUGUUAAAAGCCUAGUUGAAAUAAAAAGUGGACAUGUCUCAAUCUGAGAAUUUUGAAUGAUAUACUCCUUAAGGCCCACCGCAAAGUAUACCCAUGCUACUAAUCCACAAAAAGCAACCCAUGCUGUGGGAUGUUUUGUAAACCAUUGCUAGGCUUCUCCAGACAUCUGUUUAAUAUAUGCAAUGAAUAAUCCGCUUGUCAGCUGAUUGAUUAUGAAUAAUUCUAUAGCAAUGGUUUACAAAACAUCCCAUGGCGUGGGUCGCUUUUCAUGAAUUAGCAUGGGUCUACUUUGCAGCUGGUCUUAGUGACUAUCUUCUUAAGAAAUAUAGAUCUGAGAACUUUCAUUGAUAUACUUCCUACAACAAGAGAAUACCUUCUAAAGAUAUUAUUGAUUCAUCCAUAUUUGUAGAUAUUAUUUCUUUGUUUUCACCAGAUAACUUGUUUUGCUGCUAGAUGAUUACUGAUCAGAGUUAGGUGUACUUUAAUCUGUGAGCAUUGGUUAAAUGGCAACUAAUGAUGUUAUUUGGGAAUGUGGUAUUCAAUGAAAAAGAUGUUAUUUAAUUAAAUGCAGCUAGUCUUCAACUUGAUUUGACUUGAACAAGUUGAAAAAAUGUGGGAACGUUUCUACUUAGAUGAAGAGUGUAAGUAAGCAAGCAAUUUCUGUAUUUUUUUAUCUGCUUAUUUAUAUUUAUUUAUAU